AUGGCCAAUAGAUUCGAAGCCGGUAAACGGAGGGUACAACGGGCAUCAGCUGCAUGGCAUCGUGAAAAUGAUGCAAUUGGUGAGGCGCUAGGGAAGGUCCCCUGGAAAACACUGGCUGAAAUAAUGGGCACUUCUACCUGCCAGUACAUACUCGUGUACCGCUUCAAGCUACACGCACUACCGCUCUGGAUCAAGGAGUGUGGAGCAAAAGCGUGCCCGAAUGCCGAUUGCGCCACCCUUCCUAAUAUUGACCUCGCCCAUGUGUUUUGGGACUGCCCGAUGGCACAACAAACAUGGACUUGGGUACGCAGUCUUUUCGCAUUGCUACACGAUCAGCAUGUCGAUUAUGGACUAGAAGAGAUCUUCUCGUUUCAGAUGAAAUAUCCUCCUUCUAAAUGCCUCCAAAUCCGAUCGGACUGGAUGAACGACUAUCCUGAUUCCAACAACGAACUAACCACGGACACAAUUUCGGCGAUUUCAAACAAGUACUGGAGUUAUGCGGUAGCCCUUGCGUUAACCACGAUCUGGAGAUCGCGGGUGGACCAAAUAUUCAAUUCCAACCAGACUACACCCACUACAAAGGAACGCUAA